AGCAGCCGGGGUGAAUCGCCGGUCGGUGCUCGGCUUCCCCCUGGGUGGGGACCGUCACACACACACGGAAGCGGCGGCUGUGGGGGGAGAAGGUCGGCUGGGAGCUGAGGGAGCGCCGCGGUGCCCGGGGAGGCGGGCGGAGGGAGGGACAGAGGGAGGCGGAUAUAAGGCGGCCGCCCGGCGCACCCUCCCCACUGCGCCCGGACGCCUGUCAGCACACGCACCGCAGCCCAGCCCAGGCUCCGCAAUUUCUUGCUGCGCCACCGACCGCCGACCGAUGGCUUUCAACGUGAAAGUCUACCUGCUGGCCAAGGAUGAGAGCAGCCGGGAGAUCCGGCGCUUCACCGUGGACCACAGCGUCUCCACCAGCUUCGCCCACCUCUACAAGAAGGUGGGCAGCGUCUUCCAGAGCCUCCGCUCCGACAACUUCCAGAUGUACUACAAAGACGAGGAAGGGGACAUGAUUGCUUUCUCCACUGAUGAUGAGCUGUCGAUGGCCCUGUCCUACCUUCAGGAUGGAACCUUUCGUGUCUACAUUAAAGAAAAGAAGGAAUACAAACAUGGCCAGGACAAGGCUGCUGGGAUGCUUCAUCCAAACAUCAUCUGUGAUGCCUGCAAUGGCCCAGUGAUUGGCCCUCGCUAUAAGUGCUCCAUGUGCCCCGACUAUGAUCUGUGUGGCAGCUGCAAGGGAAAGGGGUUCCACAAGGAACACGAGAUGAUACUCCUGCAGACCCCACAAUUCUUCCAUCCAUUUGAGCGGAUUCCCAGAGGAAUGUGGUUCCAUAAGAAGAGGAAUGCAGGUCCAUGUCGCUGGGCUAUGGUACAACAAGAUUCCUGCGCUCAGGCUGCAUCGUGCCCUGGUAGACAGCAGUCACCAGCAACUGAGCCAACCCCAGCUGAGCAAGCUUCUGAGAGCCACAGCCAGAGCCAGGAUAAGAACGUGAGCUACUUGCAGAGUGUGGGCCGAAAUGUGGCUGCAAUGUUGAGCCCCCUGGGUAUUGAUGUCGACAUUGAUGUGGAACACGGGGGCCAGCGGUUCAAAGCUGCUGAGUGCUCCAUAAACAGCCAGCCAGAGUCUGCAGGCAGCAGUGCACACUCUGAUCUACUGACUGCCAACCAGAACAAGCCGAGAGGAACCUCCAGCCUGGAGCAGAGUGAAGCGGUUCUAAUGGAUGUGGAACAGUCUGUCCCAAAUCCAAACUCUUUGGUGGCUUUUACUCCAAUAGACGGGGAGUCCAAGACUUCCAGUGUUGACAGCAACAGUGAAGAGGAAUGGACUCAUCUUUCACCAAAAGGGGUUGAUCCAUCCACUGGAGAGCUGCAGUCAAUGCAACAACUUAAUCUGCAUGACCUUGAGGAAGAACAGUCAUCAAACCUGCAACGAGGACCUGAGUCCUAUGAGCAGGGACCCACUGGUCUGAGGGAGGCAGCUGUGUAUCCUCACCUUCCACAGGAUGCAGAGCCCCGGCUGAUAGAAGCCCUGUCUCAGAUGCUGUCCAUGGGGUUUCACGAUGAUGAAGGCUGGUUGACCCGACUCCUGCAGGCCAAGCAAUGUGACAUUGGAGCAGCACUGGAUGCCAUGCAGCCUGCCAAGGGGUCAGCUCGCCAAUGAACCACUUUGAGGCAGAAAAUAUCCACCAGCAGCAAACAUCUAAUUAUUCUACUGUUGCAAUAUUACUAGGCUGUUGCACCUUCUGUUAAUGGAUUGCAACCAUACUCAUUGUGCUUAAACCAUUCUGCUUCUGAGAGGCUUGGCAGGGCUCAACAGGUUCUCAGUUGACCCAUUUCAAUUAGUAGCCUGGAACCUUCCCACUUCCAGGUAUCUUUCUCACAACAGUCAAUGUUUGAUUGGAUUUUUUAAAAAAUUAUGGCUAAAGCUUUUUGGUCACCCAAAUUACUUAGUAUUGUGUGAAAAUAAUCCUCUUGUAUGGGAGAAAUUCAACUUGUUGGUUUUCUAGCUUGGAUAGUAAUUACUUCAUUUCAUCACUGCUCUAUUCACAAUACUGUAUUCCAGGCCAGUCACUUCCUUUGCUAUGAUUUAAGGGACACAUGCAAGAGAAGUACAAACUUCACAACUAUUAUUGGAGCAACUGUCUACCACUCACUAUGAAGUAGCCACUUUGGUUACUGGGUGAGGUGCAGACUUGAUGGAAGUAGUUGGAUAAUAGCAGUACUGAUGUACAGGAAUUGUUUUUGUUUAGUUUCUUUGUUCGUUGUCAGGCACCACAAUCUCUUAAAAAUAAAAGAGGGACCAAUCUCUGUUUGUGCAGAGGAGAGAGAGAAAUAAAUGUUCCAAGGAGCCUUGGAGAACACUCUCUGGGAACAAUGAGUUGAGUCACUGCUUUGUAAUUGCAGGCAGGGUAACUCCAGCAGUAGCUCCCUCUUCCCUGUAGUGGCUAUAGAAGCCAGAGGAGGGAGAUUGCAUGUUAAAAGGGGCCAGGCAGGUGCAUGAUGCCUUCCUUUGGUGCAAUAAAGGAGCAAGACUGCCUGAAGUGUUUCCCAAGUGCAAACAAAUAGUUGACAGUAAGCAACAUGAGAUCUUAAGGAAUUGACUGGAGCUCAAAGAGCUGGGCUUCAGGGAGCUGCUUGGAGGGCAAGGCAGAUGUGCUAAGAGUUUUAGCAAAUGAAGUCACAGCUACCAUUAAAAACCAAGGGUGAGUCAGGAGCCAGAAAGGAGUGAGCUCAGCAUUAAAACUGGAAGGAGCCAGAAAGGAGUGAGCUCAGCAUUAAAACUGGAAGGAGCCAGAAAGGAGUGAGCUCAGCAUUAAAACUGGAAGGGGCAAGACCAUGAAAGUGUGUGAAAUCAAAGAUCAGAAUUUUAAAACAUUGGUGGACAACCAGUCAUCUUUUUAUCAACAAAGAUGUACAGUCUUGAUGUAAGGCAGACCCAUAAAACUCAGGACAGGCUGUCUGCAAGCUACAGAGGAGGUGCAAAAGAAGGUGUGGCUGCCAUUGGCUUUCUUCUCACUCAGCUGAUGUAGUCUAAAACAACUUGAAUGUAUCUCUCUCUCUCUUUUUUUCUCCCAUGCACUUCAUGUAAGUUUCCCUGUGUUUCAGUUCAGCCCUGCUCAGCCCUAGUAGAAUGAUCUUUAAAAUUAAUUCAGCGUCAGAACCUCUGUAUUUGUUAUUUUAUUCCUAGCAAUAAAAAGAUGCAUUUUAAAAAGCAAAA